CUGGGACAGGAGACAGAAAUAGUCAUAUUUUAGCAACAACAACUGUUAUAAAAUAAUAAUAAAACGAGUACGGUUUUAUGAACGACAAAAACGCAACCCGCUGUUGACAAACGUAAAUCUAUCUUAGAUGAGAGGGAUAUAAAAAAUACUAUCCAUGGCAACGCUGAUUUGUUUCCAAUAUUCUUGAUUGUUGGCUAAUAGCUAACGUGCUAUUAGCUGAGGACCGAUUUAAGAAUAGCGACCUGGCUAAUAACGCUGUUGUCUUGUUAGCUAAUACCUUUCCCCCUAGCCCGCUAUACUGGGAUUUUGAAGGAGAUACCACAUUUGAAAACUCUAUACGGUGUAUAAAUACAAAGGAAGGUUGGAGCUGGACGCUGGCUGGGCUGCCUUGGCGUCGUGAGGUGGAGACGCGUGUGUGUGACAGUGUGUGUGUGUGACUGUGUGUGUGACGGUGUGUGUGUGUGUCUCCCACGCAGUGGCGGGAAUGCUGCUCUUCUCCCAUGGGUGUGUGUGCUGGGCAGCGUGCUGGAGCUGAGUGGCUGUGUGUGUGUGUUGGUGUGUGUGUGUGUGUGUGUGAGUGUAAAUGGGGGAAACCCGCGUCUUCAUCUGCGGACUGCUGAGCUGCAUACACACCUGGCCAGCGUGAGAAGCCACUCCCACAACACAAACCAGCCAAUGAGAAGAGCCCAGGCAGCCCCGCCCCCUUUGACAUCACACAGGGCUCCCGCCUCCCCCCUGCUCCACUGAGCCGCCACUCAACCCAGCUCAGCCAAUCACCUGCUCCCCGUCAUGAACGGCUCCCUCCUGACCCCGCCCAGCCCCCGGGCCGCCUCUAACUCCUCCCCCUUGCCCCCCUCGCCGUCUCCGUCCCCUUCUCCUCCGUCGCCCACGCCUACGCUGCCCCUGUCGUCGCCACGGUUACCGCCCCUGCCGCCGCCGUCCUCGGAGACCCCGACCCCCUCGCCCUCGCCCUGCCUCAGCUGGACGGACUUCUGCGAGCUGCACGCGCGCGUGGCGGCGGCCGACUUUGCGCGGCACUUCCGCGCCUUCCUGCAGGAGAACCCGCACACACACCACCCGCCCGAGACCUCCGCGCCCGCCUUCUGCCGACGCUUCACCACACGCUUCACACGCCACUUCCAGAGCGAGAUGCAGAGCGAGCUGCAGAGCGGCGUCGGCCAAUCGGACGGCCUCGCCAGCUGGUUGGGCCAAUCGGACGGCACCUCGUCUCUGGAGGAGGAUGUGUCGUCGCCGCUGCUCCCCACUCUGCCGUCGGAGAACACUCCCGUUGCCCCCGACGACCCACUCACCCCCCCGCCGCCACAGCUGCAGGCUCCGCCCAGACCAGCGUCAUCAUCGCGAGGAGGAGGAGCCGAGCCUGACGACGCGUACGGACACACACACACACACACACACCUCCCGCCGCCCUCCUCCUCCUCCUCCUGCUCCUCCUCUAUGGGCGGGAACAACAGCAGGGGCGUCGUCACCGGGGGGCCCAGGCAACAGUCGCCUGGCAACAACGCGCCUGGCAACACGCCCGGCAACGGCGAUGUGGAGGAGGAGGACGAGGACAGCUGGGUGGAGCCUAGCGACGCGAGGAGGGAGGCGGACCCAGAAGAGGACGAGUUCUGUUGCCCCGACGACGGCCCCAGCAACGCCGACACCGCCCCGUCGUCCCUAGCGACCACGCCCACCUCCAUGGCCAGCGGCGGCAGCCUGGUCACCAAGGGCAACGGGGGCGUGGUCUCCAAGGGCAACAAGCUGAAGAAGCGCUUCUCGCUGCGCAGCGUUGGGCGGAGUGUGAGGGGGAGUGUGCGGGGCAUCCUGCACUGGCGUAGCGGCGGCUCAGGAGACGCACACACACACACACACACACACACACACACGCUCACCUCCAGCUCCAGCUGCUCGGCCGGCCUGCAGGGAGCGCCGGCGAGCUCACUUCCUGCGCCGGCGAGCUCACUUCCUGCGUCGCUGUCGCUGCCGCUGGGCUCGGCGCUGCUGCCGCCCUCGUCCUCCUCCAGCGCCGCCUCGCUCUCAUUGGCCGAGCCGCGCCACCCCAGCCGGCGCCGUAGCAACGGCGAGGGGGGCGAGAAGGACAAGUGGAGCUCGCGGCUGGAGAAGUGGAGCCUCUCGCGCUCCCCGCCCCCCCCCCACACACACACACACACACACACACACACGCCCGCCUCUCUUACCCACAAUGCAGCGCUCUCCUCCGGCGCGGCGCCGGGCCUCAGGGCGGGCAGCAGACUGGUGCGGGAGGGAGGAGUCACGGUAAGCUCCUCCUCCUUCGACCAGCUCUCCGCCUCCCAGAGCUUCAGCUUCUCCUUCGGCCUGCUUCACCACGGCAACGACAGCCCAGCGGCGGCCACGGCGACGACGCCCGGUUCUGGCUCCGCCCCUCAGACGCUGCUGCCCGCCGGGCGCGGGUCCCGCUGGCACAAGUGCCGUCUCACGCUGCGCGAGCGCGACCAGGACGACCAGGAGGGGGCGCCACCACCGCGCACACGCCGAGAAGAGCACUUCCUGGAGUUCUACAUCCCGCCCAAGUCCUCAAAGCCGCGCCUGACUGUCCCAUGCGGCUCCAUUGUGGAGCUGAGGAGCACCACCGCCUCAGAGGUCCCAGACAAGGAGCACACACUCCUGCUGCAGCUGGAGGGUGCGGUGCAGGUUGUCAUAGAGACCAGAGAUGCUGUGCAGAUGAGAGCCUGGCUGAGUGACAUCAGGAACGGCAUCUGCCUCAGCGAGCAGGAUGAUGCGGACGGUGUGUGUGGUCCCGGCCAGAAUGACAUCAGUGGAACACCAGAUUUUAGUGACCGCUUUGGUCAAGUGUGCUAUGGCGGUGUGUGUGGCUCUCCUGUGGUGGAUCCGCUCCCUCCUGAGUUGCCGCCCAGAGCUCCUGUUCCUGUCGACGAUCUACCAGAGACUCCAGAUGCCACAGGUUCCUUCCUGUUCUCGGAGGGCGUGUCGGAGAUAGAACACCCUCUGAGCGAGUGCCAGUGGUUCCACGGGACGUUGUCGCGGCUCAAGGCGGCGCAGCUGGUGCUGGCAGGGGGCGUGGCCUCACAUGGCGUCUUCCUGGUGCGCCAGAGCGAGACGCGGCGCGGAGAGUACGUGCUCACCUUCAACUUCCAGGGCAAGGCCAAGCACCUGCGUCUGUCUCUGAACGAGGACGGGCAGUGCCGGGUGCAGCACCUGUGGUUCCAGUCGAUCUUCGACAUGCUGGAGCACUUCCGCGUGCACCCCAUCCCCCUGGAGUCUGGGGGCGCCUCCGACGUCACCCUCAUCAGCUUCGUGGGGGCCACUGCCGUCAGGCAGCCAGACUUGAGACCCCGUAGCCCCCCCCAGCCACAGGCCCCUCCCCCUCCCCUCCCCCCGGGCCGUCCGGCUCCGCCCACUCCGCCCCAGGAGCCAAUCAGCGAAGACGGGGGCGUGGCCGGGGCAGCAGGGGGCGGGGCGGGGCCGGAGGAGUGUGAGGAGCGAGAGAGGGAUGCAGAGAGGAGAGAGGUGGAGAGAGAGAGAGCGAGAGUGUGUGAGGAGCGCGAGAGAGAGAGAGAAGGAGAGAGGGAGAGAGAGAGAGAGAGAGAGCGAGACGGCCUUCGCCAGCUGGAGCCCGCCGACACCGAGGAGCGCGAGGGAGGAUGGGCCCGCGCCAUCAACAACCACUACUACUCCUUCUGAUGGAGGGAUGGAGAGGGAGAGGAGGAGGAGAGGGAGAGAGAGAGAGAGAGAG